GAUUGCCCAUUACUCUAAUAAAAAUAAAAAUAAAAACAAAAACAAUAAAAAGUAAAAAUAGGAAGUCCACAUUUUACUAGUGUGGAACCGCGGCGUAGUUGCAGUAUCAGACUCAGACUAUCAAGUCAGCAUAUUUCUUGGUUCAAUUUAUCCGAAUUCAUCUUCGAUUCCGCGCUCCGCGGCUAUGGCAUCGGUUUCGUGAUACGCGCCGUAUCAUUUCCCCCACCGCUGACAAUGGAGGCGUCCUUCGUAUCCAGAGCUCGGACAGCCAUCAAUUCCGCCGCAGCUAAAGCGGAGAAAGUCUUGACGGACAUUAAAAAAUCUGAUUCCAACGCGCAUCGCGAUUUGGAUAAACAAUCGCCUGUCGCGUCAACGGCGGAGUGUCCGAGGGAUGCGGAUGAGCCGAAGGUGCAGGAUUCCGAAGGAGCAAACAAUAAGAGAGUGCGGCCCCAGCCAAUAAAAACCAAGCAGGAUUGGCAUGAGAGAUUGAGGAAUUUAAGAUUAGGUAAAAAGGGGGCUGAGGAAUCUGGGAAGCCCGAUAAUUCAACAAAUACAAUGGCGUACGCAAUUUUUGAUGAUAAUUUAUAUCUGAUGCAUGAGAGAGGAUUCUCUCAUCCAAAUGAUUUAGAGGAGGAGCUGGAAAGUUCAAAGGCUGCAAAGGCAGAUAUCAUUCCAUCAUCAGCUAUCUUGAAACAGUUAGCUGUAGCUGUCGAGGCUGGAUCCGGAUAUAGCACCAUGAAGGAUCUCCUUGCCUCUUCCAAAAACUCUUCACCCAUCCGGGAGAAAGCUAGCAUGAGCAUUUCCGUGAUGAAGUCACUAGUUCUGCGUGAAAAGGACGAUAAGAUGAUACAAGAGUUUGGUUCUGACGACAAGGUUCUUGGACUGAUGAAUGCAUUGAUAAAUGCAGAAGGAGAAUUUACAGGUAGGACGGUCCCUGGUCUGGAGACGCAGAUAAAUUCCACUUCUCUGGUCAAGGAUAUCCAUGGUGCGCCUUUGGAAAGUUUUGUAGUCAAGCUGGCUGAAGCAAUUAGUUGCUUAAAAACCCUGCGGAAAAUGGCAUCAUAUUGGUCAAGGGUUGUUUCUGAAAUCAGAAGGCUUUGGUAUGAAGGGCAAUAUAUCCCAGGAAUUCCGCCAGGAGAUUUGCCUGACUUGAAUUCAUGUCUCUUAUAUCAGCAGUUACAGGUCAUCAACUGUUGCAUUUCCAGAAAAAGACGGCAUACUGCCGCACUUGAAUCACUGGAGUCUAUUACAGCUCAAGCAGAUGCUACGGGUUCUUCAGAUUCUGAGAGCAGACUUCCCCUCGAUCCUUGUUUUUAUGCCAAAACUAAGUCUGGAGAACUUGUGCUUAGAUUAGGAGCUGAUAAAAGAUGUGAGAACUUGACAAUGCUUGAAACUGGUGAACCUAUUUACUCACCUGUGAUGCAGGAACCUCCUUUGUUGACUGAAGACUUAAUCAAGGAGACAGAGGAGUUUGUGCUAAGGACAGGAAGUGUUGGCGCAGGAUGCUCCCAACUGCUUUCAGACAUGCAGGCCUUCAAGGCAGCAAAUCCAGGUUGCACAUUAGAAGAUUUUGUAAGAUGGCACUCUCCUCCUGAUUGGACAGAAGAUGACACUAGCAGUGAUUUGGAUGAUACCUCUGAGGGUAGUGAUUCUGUCAAAGGUCAACUUAGUAGGCGAAUGCAAAAAGAAGGCAAUUUAUGGCGUGAACUGUGGGAAACAUCAAAACCAGUGCCAGCUGUCAGACAAGCUCCUCUUUACGAUGAGGACCUGGCUGUGGAAGGAAUUCUGGACUUUCUGGAGGUUAUCUCACCUUCUGAGCUUUUGAAGCAGCUCUUCAUGGUUGUUUUGGGUGCAGGGCUAAUAAUCGCCGAGGCCAUGCUCUCGACAUAUCCAAAUUUGUCGAAUAUCUUCAACAACUGCAAGAACUACAUUGUUGUCACCUGUCAGAGCAGUACCUGGGUCGAGAAGCUUGACGAUAUAUGCCAGGUAUAUGAAACAGUGGAGACAAUGGUCCACAAUCAAGAUGAGACAAUAAACAUUUCACCUCAACAACAAGAAACCACCACCGCAGGCGAAGUGAGGAACCGCUUCAAGAAGCUUAGCCUAAUCUUCGGAGGCAAAUCGAAGGGUGCCCCCAAAGACUCCCCAAAGACGACUGAGGAAAACUCUGAUCGGCAGCCAUUCUCAAUAUUCUCGAAGAAGCCUCCGAAACCUAUCUUGUCUCCAUCGGAGAAACCGUCGGGUUCGGUUGAAAGUGAAUGGACGAUUGUAUAAGUGUGCAGUUGUAUUUUGCUCUACAAGGCAGCUCAAGGAAAUGUGCAAUAUUCAGUCACCUCAAGUUGUUUCAUCUAUAAUAGAGAGCAACUGAUUUCCUAGAGCUUUCUUGUGGAACCCAUCAACAUUAGAUAGCGUUAUACCUUUAUUUAAUUCUCAACCAUAUGGUUGUAAACAAUUGUGACAAAACCCAAAACAGAGUGAAGUUUUCAUUUGCUCAUUGUAAACAAGAAGAAAAAAAAAGAAGAAAAAACACAAAAAAGUGUAUUUUGAUAUA